GGCCGGGGCGGAGCGGAGUCCUCCGCAGAGCAGCCCCUCCCGGCCACGGCCGCCGACCCCGGCCCCCAGCCCGGCCUGGCUCUAUGGACAGGAGCUCGCUGCUGCAGCUUAUCCAGGAACAGGAUGAGCGGGGCGAAAAUGAGGUGGGGAGACCCCUGGAGGCCUGGCAAGCAGGCACCAGUGCUCUGGCAGCUCCUGGGACCAUGUGGGCACAGGGGCCUGGCCCAAGGGUGUUGGGAGACUGCCUCUCCCAGCUGGCCUGGCCCAGCCCUUUGGUCUGUGGGCUGGGCCCACCCUCAGGCCUUGGCGGGCGGCCCCACCCCACCCCAGCAGCUGGACCCUGAGAACACAGGCUUCAUCGGUGCGGACACCUUCACCGGCCUGGUGCAUAGCCAUGAGCUGCCCCUGGACCCAGCCAAGCUGGACAUGCUGGUGGCCCUGGCCCAGAGCAACGACCGGGGCCAGGUCUGCUACCAGGAGCUGGUGGACCUGAUCAGCAGCAAGCGCUCAAGCAGCUUCAAGCGGGCCAUCGCCAACGGGCAGCGGGCACUGCCCCGGGAUGGGCUGCUGGACGAGCCGGGCCUGGGUGUCUACAAGCGGUUCGUGCGCUACGUGGCCUACGAGAUCUUGCCCCGGGAGGUGGAUCGCCACUGGUAUUUCUACCGGCACCGCAGCUGCCCACCCCCUGUGUUCAUGGCCUCUGUCACCCUUGCCCAGAUCAUCGUGUUCCUGUGCUACGGGGCACGCCUCAACAAGUGGGUGCUGCAGACCUACCACCCCGAGUACAUGAAGAGCCCCCUCGUGUACCACCCCGGCCACCGAGCUCGGGCCUGGCGCUUCCUCACCUACAUGUUCAUGCACGUUGGGCUGGAGCAGCUGGGGUUCAACGCUCUCCUGCAGCUGAUGAUCGGGGUGCCCCUGGAGAUGGUGCACGGCCUGCUGCGCAUCAGUCUGCUCUACCUGGCUGGCGUGCUGGCAGGCUCCCUGACCGUCUCCAUUACUGACAUGCGGGCCCCCGUGGUGGGGGGCUCCGGCGGGGUCUACGCCCUGUGCUCUGCACACCUGGCCAACGUCGUCAUGAACUGGGCUGGGAUGAGGUGUCCCUACAAGCUGCUAAGGAUGGUGCUGGCUCUGGUGUGCAUGAGCUCCGAGGUGGGCCGGGCUGUGUGGCUGCGCUUCUCCCCGCCACUGCCUGCCUCCGGCCCACAGCCCAGCUUCAUGGCACACCUGGCUGGUGCGGUGGUGGGGGUCAGCAUGGGCCUGACCAUCCUGCGCAGCUACGAGGAGCGCCUGCGGGACCAGUGCGGUUGGUGGGUGGUGCUGCUUGCCUACGGCACCUUCCUGCUCUUUGCCAUCUUCUGGAACAUCUUCGCUUAUGACCUGCUGGGCGCCCACAUUCCCCCGCCACCCUGACAAGCUCCCAGGGGCCACAUGGGCCAGGGGGUGGCCUGCAUGUCCGCCCUCUGUGAAUGUACGUCUCGAGGCUGCUUCUCCCCUGUGAGGACAGGUGGCCCCUGUGGCCCACUGAGUCCAGGCGAAGCCUUACACCAGCCCUGGCCCCCCUCCCAGGCCUGGGGCGGGUAGGACUGCUGGGCCAGGCUGAGCGGUAGAGGUCCCAAGGGUGGCCCCAGAGGAGACCUUGCCCCGGCCUUCCCCCAGGACUUGCAGUCUGAGCCUUUUUGGAGAAUGAAUAAAUAUUUUACACAGCACCAGGUGGCUGUACAGGGCUCCGGAGGCUGGCCUGGCCUCCCCCCUUACUCGAGCAAACUGUGAGGGCUCUUUCCU